GAAGAAGCAGCACCGUCGCUUAGCCACGCCUCCGUCAGCAGCCUCCGUCAGCAGCCGCCGUCAGCGCCCCCCAACCACAUCCGUCAGCAUGAACAAGUACUUCCCAGGUAUCGGGCGGGUGGAGUACCGGCCGGAUGCUGGCCCCGAGGACACUCUGGUCUUCCGGCACUACAACGCCGGCGAGACCGUCCAUGGCCGCUCCAUGGAGGAGUGGCUCCGCUUCUCCGUCUGCUACUUCAACACCUUCAGGUACUUCGGCUCUGAGGGCCACUAUGGCGAGCGGGCCCAUCACCACCAGUGGGAGGACGGCUCCCGCUCCCUCGACAACUACAAGCGCCGCAUGACCGCCGCCUUCGAGUUCUUCCACAAACUCAACGUCAAGUUCUACUCGGUGAGUGACCGCGACAUGGCCCCCGAGGGAGACAGCUUCGAGGAGACCAACAGCUACCUGGAGGAGAUGGUGACUCUAGCUGCUGACCUACAGAGGCAGACAGGGAUCAAGCCCCUCUACUACAGUGCCGACCUCUUCACUCACCCUCGCUAUAUGAACGGUGCAGGCGCCAACCCCGAUGCGCACGUGUUCGCCUACGCAUGUGCACAGGUGAAGCGCAGUCUGGAGGCGGCCAAGCGCCUGGGAGCUGAGAACUUCGUGUUCUUCAAUCCUCGCGACGGCUACCAGAGCGUCCUCCAGCGUCAGUUCUUCCGGGACAUGUCGCACAUGGCGCAGCUGUACCGCAUGGCGGCGCAGUAUAAGGACAAGAUCGGCUACAAGGGUCAGCUGCUGAUCCAGCCCAAGCCAGCUGAUCCCCGCCGUCACCAGUAUGAGGCAGACGCCAUGGCCACCAUGCACAUGCUCCGACACUUCGGCCUGGACAAGCAGUACAAGCUCUACAUCAAGCCAGCCUUCUCCCGCCUCAUGGGUCGCCCCUACGAACACGACGUCUACAUUGCUGCCGCCUACAACAUGCUGGGAAGUAUCGACGCCUCUGACAGCUUCCCGGAGAUCAACGCUACCUCAGACAUCUGCGCUCGCAACAUACGCGACGCCACCUACGUCAUGAAGUGCGUUCUUGAGCAGAGCGGCCUGCAGCAAGGUGGAUUCACCCUUGGAGGUCGCGUGCGCCGCGAGUCCGUCGAGCCCCGUGACCUCUUCCACGGUCACAUCCUGGCCAUGGACACCUUCGCCCGCGCCCUCAAGAACGCUGCCCGCCUGAUCUCUGACGGCUGCUUCGCUCGCUCCAUCCAGCAGCGCUACUCCUCCUUCAAGUCUGGCAUCGGCGAGCGCAUCGAGAAGGGAGCCGCCACCUUCGAAGAGUGUGAGGACUACAUUCGCAAGUGUGGUGAGCCACAACAGCAGUCCAGCCGCUACGAGCACUACGAAAACAUGUUUAACUACUACGUCUACCCGCCACGACAGUAGAUGACAGCAAUACCAACACCGCCAACAGCAUUGCCACUGCCAAUAGCACUUUCACCGCCCCCACACACACACACACACACACACACACACACCAAGGCGCAGGUCCGAGUCGUCGGCUAGUUCUUCGACGCCUUAUGACCAUCCCGAAACUAUCUUCCACCGCACUAUUUGACGCACCACCUCAAGUGUUCACGGUCACCUGCAGCGUCGCAUACGUGCGUCGUCGGUCACGUACUCCUUCUCACAGGGUAACAGCUGUUCAGUGAACAUAAGCAGCAGGGCCGCGAAUAACGCAGACGGUAAUGCUGGUACCCCUUGUCAGACGCGCCUCAAACGUACCUUGCACCUACACAUUUGUGUUCAGAACUAACAAUAAGGGAACCUCACACUGUACACACCAACUUACAUCAACAUGGGAAACCUUCUCUCUCUCUCCUGUCCCUACCUACUACUCUCUCCUCUGUACCCUCGACCAAAGAGCCAGCGCUCAACCCCUGCAAGCACAACUAGGUGAGUACACAUCUGUAGUUGGACAAGUUCGUGGGUCUUCUUAUUCAUGCCAGCAACUUUACUUCACUUUCCUUACUUAUAACUAAGAGGGAGCCUAAUGAUAUAAUCUGAGAGGUUACUUAAACACUUAUAUAUUAUAUGGAAUGGAACCUCAUUCUGGGAAUAGAUACCUACAUCCCGAAAGAGAUCUUAAAGGGUGCCUCAUAUCUCGAAGGAGGGGAGGAGGGGGGGGGGCAUUUGCUGGUCCUUUACAUCCUUCUCUCAUACAUCCAGGAGUCCUACCCUACAGUCAUACAUGAACCACACACCCAGGAGCCCCACACUCCUCUCAUACACCCAGGAGCCCCACACUCCUCUCAUACACCCAGGAGCCACACUUCUCCCAUACACCCAGGAGCCACACUCCUCUCAUACACCCAGGAGACACACUUCUCCCAUACACCCAGGAGCCACAGCCCUCCCAUACACCCAGGAGCCAUGCACUCCUCCUCCCAUACACCCAGGAGACAACCUUCCAUACACCCAGGAGCCACACACUCCUCCUCCCAUACACGCAGGAGUCACACUUCUCCCACACAUCCAGGAGCCACACACACAUAUGGGUCUGCUGCUUUGGCCUCUUGCAUAACACACUAACAAGUCACCAAGGAUGAAGAACACCCUUGCACGAUAACACUACAACGGGACACAGAUCUAAUAGUACACAUGUUUACAACAAUUGAGCUCAAAUUCUUUGGCGGAUAAUAUCAGUAGACAAUAAUCUGAAACUACUGUUUAUAUACCAUCAAUUCCAGACGACGUCAUCAAGAUCAGUUACUAGAAAGAAUAUGCGAGAAACGUAUUAAUUCCUGUUGGCAUUUAGUCUAUAAAAAAGAAUGAGACAAGUAUUUUUAAAUUUUUUAAACUACUUAUAGCCGCAGCAUCAAGACAGCAGUUAUGAUGACUCUUGACAGACAAGCAAUACAAAACAUGUCUCGCAUUUAACUGGCCAAGACAACAGUGAGAGAGGUUGUGCAGUUGCAAACUGGUUCAGUAAUGUGUCUGCAACGACCCUGAAAGACUAUGUUUUCCCAAUCAUCUGGCCAAAACAUUAUGUUUUUCCCACUCAUCUGGCCAAAACGUCAUGUUUUUCCCACUCAUCUGGCCAAAACAUCAUGUUUUUCCCACUCAUUUGGCCAAAACAUCGUUUUUUCCAAGUCAUCUGGCUAAAACAUUAUGUUUUUCCACUUAUCUGGCCAAAAUAUCGAGGCAGAAACUUAUUCAAAAUCAAGACAGAAAUUUUGCGUAUAGUGGCCGAGAGAACAUCAAGACAGCACCAGUCCAUCGCCUCACACCAGGCAUAUAUAUAUGCAUUAUCAACAAUAAUUAUUAUUGGGUUGUAUGGAUUUAAGCAAAUCCUUUGUUAAUCCCUUGUUUGAUCCACCAAUGCUUUAGUCGCUAAUAAAAAUAAUUAAAGACCAA